AGGAGCCUUGACAGCGUUGCCUUGACAGCGGCCCCUGAGGCGCGCGCCCGAGUAAGCUGCCCCUGGGCGCGCCCAGCACCCUCCCUCUGCCUCUACUCCCCCCGUCGCAGUGCGCAGCCCCCCCUCCGGCUGUGGGAAGGGGCCGGGCCUGCUGCUUGACGUCUGUGUAGGACUCGGAAGAUGGCUGCGGAGGCGAGCACGGGGCAGUGGCUGCGGCGGCGGCGGCUGCAGGCGGGAAGCGCGGCGGGCGGGGGCUACGCCUUGCGCUUAGAUCGCUGAGCCUAGAGGCGCGGAGGCGGCGAGGCCGCACUGGGGGCUUGAGGGGCCGCGUGGCGCGGCCUCCCCGCCACCCGCCACACUAUGGGCAACGCCGAGGACGCAGUCAAAGAGAAACUGCUGUGGAACGUGAAAAAGGAGGUAAAGCAAAUAAUGGAGGAAGCUGUCACCAGGAAAUUUGUGCAUGAAGAUAGCAGCCACAUCAUUGCUCUGUGUGGUGCAGUAGAAGCUUGCCUCCUGCAUCAGUUGAAACGACGUGCUGCUGGCUUCCUGCGCAGUGACAAGAUGGCAGCCCUGUUCACCAAGGUGGGGAAGACGUGCCCUGUGGCUGGUGAAAUUUGCCACAAGGUGCAGGAGCUGCAGCAACAAGUAGAGGGCAGGAAACCUUCAGGAGGCAACCAGGAGGCCUUGCGGAGACAGGGCUCAGCCAGCGGGAAGGCCUCAGCCCUUAGCCCACAGGCCUUGAAACAUAUAUGGGUACGCACAGCACUCAUCGAGAAAGUUCUGGACAGGGUUGUACAGUACCUGGCGGAAAACUGCAGCAAGUUCUACGAGAAGGAAGCAUUACUGGCAGACCCUGUGUUUGGGCCAAUCCUGGCCUCUCUUCUAGUGGGACCCUGUGCCUUGGAAUACACAAAGCUCAAGACAGCUGAUCACUACUGGACUGACCCUUCUGCUGAUGAGCUGGUCCAGAGGCACCGUAUCCGGGGUCCCCCCAAUCGUCAGGACUCCCCUGCAAAGCGCCCAGCCCUGGGGAUCCGGAAGCGGCAUUCUAGUGGCAGUGCAUCAGAGGACAGACUAGCAGCCUGCGCCCGCGAGUAUGUGGAAUCCCUGCACCAGAACUCAAGGACAAGGCUGCUGUAUGGCAAGAACAACGUGCUGGUACAGCCGAAAGAAGACAUGGAGGCUGUCCCCGGCUACCUCUCUCUGCACCAGUCUGCAGAGAGCCUCACCCUGAAGUGGACCCCCAACCAGCUCAUGAAUGGAACUCUGGGGGACUCCGAGCUAGAAAAGAGCGUUUACUGGGAUUAUGCCUUAGUGGUGCCCUUCAGUCAGAUUGUCUGCAUCCACUGCCACCAGCAAAAGAAUGGUGGCACGCUUGUGCUGGUGAGCCAGGACGGAAUCCAGAGGCCACCACUGCACUUCCCACAGGGAGGACACCUGCUCUCUUUUCUGUCCUGUCUGGAGAAUGGGCUGCUGCCUCGAGGACAGCUGGAGCCCCCACUGUGGACCCAGCAGGGGAAGGGCAAGGUGUUCCCCAAGCUACGGAAACGCAGCAGCAUGCGAUCCGUGGAUGUGGAGGAGCUGGGCAUGAGGCGGGCCACAGACUACGUGUUCCGGAUCAUCUACCCUGGGCACAAGCAUGAGCACAUCACUAUUAACUACCACCACCUAGCGGCCAGCCGCGCGGCCUCGGUGGACGAUGAUGAGGAAGAGGAGGAUAAACUACACGCGAUGCUCUCAAUGAUCUGCUCGCGGAACCUCACAGCUCCCAAUCCGAUGAAAGAUGCUGGUGACAUGAUUGAGAUGCAGGGCUUUGGGCCUGGCCUGGCAGCCUGGCACCUGGAGCCCCUGUGUAGCCAGGGCUCUUCCUGCCUCUCCUGCUCCUCCUGCAGCUCCCCAUAUGCAACCUCCAGCCACUGCAGCUGCAUUCUUGACAGGUUGCCCCUUAGGCUACUGUGUGAGAGCAUGAAGAGGCAGAUUGUGUCCCGCGCCUUCUAUGGCUGGCUGGCCUACUGCCGCCACCUGUCCACGGUGCGGACCCAUCUGUCAGCGCUGGUGCGUCACAACAUUAUCCCACCCGACCAGCCCCCAGGGGCAUCAAGAGGCCUCACCAAGGAUGUGUGGAGCAAGUAUCAAAAGGACAAAAAGAACUACAAGGAGUUGGAGCUGCUGAGGCGGGUUUACUACGGAGGUGUGGAGCAUGAGAUCCGCAAGGACAUCUGGCCCUUUCUGCUUGGCCACUACAAGUUUGGCAUGAAUAAGAAGGAGAUGGAGCAGGUGGAUGCGGCGGUGGCAGCAAGGUACCAGCAGGUGCUGACAGAGUGGAAGGCCUGUGAGGUGGUGGUGAGGCAGCGGGAGCGGGAGGCCCACCCAGCCGCGCUCACCAAGUUCUCCUCGGGCAGCAGCAUUGACAGCCACGUGCAGCGCCUCAUCCACCGAGAUUCCACCAUCAGCAAUGAUGUGUUUAUCUCUGUGGAUGAUCUGGAGACCCCAGGCCCCCAGGCCUCUGAAGACACCAGACCAAACCCCGAGCAAGAACCAGGAGUCGGGACUCCAGGCACUGCCAUGGUGGAGCAGCAGCAGUCAGUGGAGUUUGACUCUCCAGACUCAGGGCUGCCAUCCUCCCGAAAUUACUCUGUGGCCUCAGGCAUCCAGUCCAGCCUAGAUGAGGGCCAGAGUGUGGGCUUUGAGGAGGAUGGCGGUGGAGAGGAAGGCUCCAAUGAGCUGGCCUCUGCAGCCCACGCUUUUUCUGAGCCCCAAGAGCCCAGCCAGGAGAAGGCUCUCCAGGCCAGUGAACUGGAGGCAGAUGGGGAGCUGGCAGCCAUGUGUGCUGCAGCCUACACUAUAGAAUUACUGGACACUGUGGCCUUAAAUCUGCAUCGCAUAGACAAGGAUGUGCAGAGAUGUGACCGAAACUACUGGUAUUUCACGCCCCCCAAUCUCGAGAGGCUCAGAGACAUCAUGUGCAGCUACGUGUGGGAGCACCUGGACAUGGGCUACGUCCAAGGCAUGUGUGAUCUGCUGGCACCUCUCUUGGUCAUCCUUGAUGAUGAUCAGCUGGCCUACAGCUGCUUUAGCCACCUCAUGAAAAGGAUGAGCCAGAAUUUCCCCAGCGGGGGCGCCAUGGACACCCACUUUGCCAACAUGCGUUCCCUCAUCCAGAUCCUGGACUCAGAGUUGUUUGAGCUGAUGCAUCAGAAUGGAGACUACACCCACUUCUAUUUCUGUUACCGCUGGUUCCUGCUGGAUUUUAAAAGAGAGUUGCUGUAUGAGGAUGUGUUUGCUGUAUGGGAGGUGAUCUGGGCAGCCAGGCAUAUCUCAUCGGAGCACUUUGUCCUGUUCAUUGCUCUGGCCCUGGUGGAGGCCUACCGAGAGAUUAUCCGGGAUAACAACAUGGACUUCACAGACAUCAUCAAGUUCUUCAAUGAGCGGGCUGAGCGUCACGAUGCCCAGGAGAUCCUGCGGAUUGCCCGGGACCUGGUCCACAAGGUGCAGAUGCUCAUAGAGAACAAGUGAGUGCUGUGGCCGGGAGCGGCAGCACAGAGAGAAAGCCUCGGUAGCAGGCGCCUAGGCUCUAGCAGGGAGAAGUUCAAGGGCAGCACAGCCCAGACUGCCCCACCCCUAGAUGACCCUGCCUGUCCAGUUGUGUUCUAACAAAGUGAUUGUGAGCCUGGGAUCUGACUGAGCAGUGCUGGCCCUGUGGGGCACGUCAGGGGCCAGGAAGCCCUCAGAUAACAGCUGUGAUAGGAGGGGUCAGCCCUAGGGAACAGCUGCCUUGGGGACACCUACUGUGUUCCCCUCACAAAUGACUGGGAAUAGCCCCACUGCCACCUGCAUCUCAGCCUGGACUGUUCCCCAAUGCUUCUUUCAAGCCAACCUGGGGCCUGGAAAGCCAACAGGGGCUGCAGUGGCCUGGGCACCACAUAGUAGAGUGGCAUCAGGCAAGGGCUCUGUGCUGUAUCUCUCCUGAGAGCCCCUUACAUCCCCAAAUGUCCAUUUGGGCAUGAAUCCUGGGGCCAGGGGGCCUGGGUCACCCUCCAGGCCCUCUCCUGAGUCAGGGGCCCUUGGAUAUGGUCCUUGGGUGGGAACAGCCCACCUCAGCAGCACUGACACUGCCUCUGGGCCACCUGAGUCAACACCAUGUGCUUGCCCCACUGCACAGUACACCCAUGUGUGUCAGUGCAGUGUCAUUCUUAACCACCCUGCCCUUGCUUUAUGCAUUAGAUGCAUCCCAGAAACUGUGAAUGACACUUGUCAGCUGGGUGAUUUGGAAUGCAGUGGGAGUGCUUGCUCUCCGUGGGAACCCAGAGAGAUUGUGAGAUUGAUCUCACAAUUCUCUAGGGAGGCAGUCCUGCCUCAGCCUUCUCUUUGGGUCAGGACUCUGAGCUUUGUAGUAGCUUAUGGCCUGUCCCAGGCAUCUGCUAAGUUCCUGGGGCAAAGGGAGCUGGGGAUGCCUGCCUCUGCCCAAUUUGUUCCUGGCGAGAAGAAGGGCCAACUCUGCCUGCCACAUGCCACUUAGGAUGCUUAGAGGCCUAGGGACCCAGAAUCCCCUGGGAGGAGCCAUGUUUGCGGGGGUGCCAAGAGGGCUCCAGCUUCUGACCCAAAGCCUAGGUGUGCUGCUUGUUGUCAUCCCAUGUCUCCCUGUACCCCAACACAUGCAAGGCCCCAUCUCCUGGAACCUGGAAGUCGUACCUGGGCUUGUUACCUGCCCAGCAGUCACCAAGAUAUGCAGACUUCCUGCCUUUGAGAAAUAUUAACAAGGAGACGGCAGCCCUUCUGCACCCAGCACAUCCCCCCCAGCCCACCCUCUGCCCAGGUACUGCAUGGCCUGUUUGGGGGCCAGCUCACCCCACUGCCAUACCCUAUCAUCCAUAAGUCCGUGGCCUCCACCAAGCACAGGUGGCCAUUGUGUGCCUGCCAUAGUGACUGGUUUUGUGAGGAGCAGAGUGUAUGUUUUUUGCCUCAGAAACUAUACUCUCCAGUGUAACAGAUGAAUAAACAGCAUUUGGCAUUG